AUGACUUCGUGGCUGCGCGCGCAAAAGAAAUCCGAGCUCGUCGACAUUGCCGAGACCAUCGGCCUGAAAAAUGUCGCGAGCUUGAAAAAGGCUGACCUCGAGUCCUCCAUCGACGAAUAUCUGACCGAGAAUGUCUCGCGCCUGUCGUCAGAUCCCAAGCUGGCGCCCUACUACAACACACGCGGCAAAUCGGGCAGCUCGCCCAUCAAGCGCGAGCCUGUCGAGCCCAAGGUGUCAAGACGCCGCAUGACAAAGUCAGCCCUGGAAGAGAUCGUGGCUGCCGAUGACGGCACACCGGCCGGCCGAUCGUCCGCUCUUGCUCUCACCCGCACGCCCGCCCGCACGCCUGCUCGUGCGCUGUCGUUUGCCAACCGCAUCGCCAUGCCCUCGUCUCCGGCUGAAGUCGUCCAGGUGGUCGAUCGCGGCGCCGUCGCCGUGCGCGAGCGCGUCGUCUCCAUAUACGCCGACUCGGGCAUCACUGAAGUCACUCAGGUGACGCGCGAGUCGCUGUCGACUGUCAACGCCAUCAUCGGCCUCGUCUCCCUGUUCGAGUGGUUCUUUCUGCGCCCUGAGCUCAUGGCCAACCGCUACGCCUUCACCCUCCCGGCCAUCGGCUUCCUCGGCACCAGCGACUACCCCGUCCAGACGCCCGACUUCAGCGUGCUGCUCUCCGCCACCUUCUGGUCGCCCCUCCUCGUCUGGCUCUUCGUCGGCACCCUCGCGCCCGCCCUCUUCGGCUUCUUCUUCAACCUCUCGGCCGCCAGUGGCAGCCACCACAGCGGCCGCGGCCGGUCGCGGCCUUUUUCCAGCGCCGAGUACAUUGUCGACCCACUCACCUUUAGCGUCGCCAAGGCCCUCCUCGUCUUUGUCGUCCUGGCCCAGGGCGCCACCUUUGGCGGUUGGGUCGACGGCUUCUCGGUCGCCCGCAUCAACUCGGCCCUGUACGGCGGCUGGAAGGGAGCCCUCGUCGGCACUGCCAUCACCGGCCUGGCUAGCCUCUACGAUGCCGUGUUGCGCAAGUAG